UGCACGCACACGGUCAUGCAGAGGGAGAAAGCAGAGGGGAGGGAGAAAGAGAGAGAGAGAGAGAGAGAGAGAGAGGUAGAGCGCCACACACAACGAGGGAACCCCAUCAGCUGGAAGUCGAGUAACAUUACAACUCUCAGCAGCCCUGAAACUACUCCAUCACACAGACGGGGGAUUCAUCUAUUACCUGAGGAUUUAACCUGCCAUUUCUGCUCUCUAACAUCACAUUUUUUUUAUAUAUAUUAUUCUACGGAGACUGUUUUUUUUUUUGUUUAAGGAGAGAGAGAGAGAGAGAGGGGAGGAGGGGGGCAAAACUGGCGAGAGGAGAGCAUGGAGUAUUUCAUGGUACCAGCUCAGAAGGUGCCCUCCUUGCAACAUUUCAGGAAAACGGAGAAAGAAGUGAUUGGAGGUCUUUGUAGUCUGGCCAACAUUCCUCUGACCCCAGAAACAGCCCGGGACCAGGAGAGGCGAAUUCGCAGAGAGAUCGCCAACAGCAAUGAGCGUCGGCGUAUGCAGAGCAUCAACUCUGGAUUCCAGUCACUUAAAACACUCAUCCCACACAGCGAUGGAGAGAAGCUCAGUAAGGCUGCUAUCCUGCAACAGACGGCAGAGUACAUUUUUACUCUGGAGCAGGAGAAGACGCGGCUAUUGCAGCAGAACAGUCAGCUCAAACGAAUCAUACAAGAGUUAAGUGGUUCCUCCCCAAAGAGGAGGCGUGCAGAGGAGAAAGAUGAAGGGAUUGGCUCACCAGACAUCCUGGAGGAGGAGAAGACCGAGGACUUGAGGAGGGAGAUGAUUGAGUUAAGGCAGCAGCUGGAGAAAGAGCGCUCAGUCAGGAUGAUGCUGGAAGAUCAGAUGCGUUCCCUGGAUGCCCAGAUGUACCCGGAGAAACUGAAGGCGCUCUCCCAGCUGGUCCAGGAGCACCAGCCCCAAACACAGAGCCUCGUCCGUCUGCAGCAGAACAAGCAGCUGGAGAGGGACAUCACUCCAGCCCACAGCCCACAGGUGUUGGCCCCAGCUACCCCCCCUGCACCUACGCACCAUGCCACAGUCAUCGUCCCUGCACCAGCUCAACCUGCCCCACCCCAUCAUGUCACCGUGGUAACCAUGGGCCCGACAUCAGUUAUCAAUACAGUGUCCACAUCUCGACAGAACCUGGACACCAUCGUUCAAGCGAUCCAGCACAUCGAGGGCACCCAGGGGAAGGGUGGUGUCGGCGAGGAGGAGCAGCGGAGGGCGGUCAUUGUCACUUCAGGUCGUGUCCUCUCCGACGCAGCGGGCUCAGACACGGCUUCAAACAGCGACGGGCCCGAUGACUGUUCACUGCCCUGAGUUCAUCUCUGACGUCUCACACGACGUACACUUACACACACACACACUUACACACAAAAGGCCCAGGCAGACCGGGGCUACAGGAGGCUUCAAACACAGCACUCUUGUUCAGUGGACAUUAAUAGGGCUGGUAGACUGAUUGAAGCACUCGUUUUUAGUUGUUUUUUUUCCCUUUAUUUUCAGUACACACUCUUACAUGUUUUGUUGUGAUAGGCAGCCCGAAUAGGUUUACACUCAUACAUGCAGUCUCUUCUGCGUCUUAUUUUCGCUUAUCUUAAACACCCUCCUCUGUCACACACACACACACACAAAAUUAUUACUCUUUAUUAAUCUAUAGAGGUUAUUAGAGUAACUACUUCACUGACUGAUCCAUAAAUGCUCCAUCAUACUGGAUAGUAGAAUGUCUGCUAAACAUCACCAUUAAUCGCCGGGACUUUUGUCUUUAUUCGGACCUGACGCCAUGUGACCAAUCCACGAAACAGGAGACAGAGCCCAGCAGUGUGGCGUCUUCACCGCACAACACCAGAGCAUUUUUGUUUACGAUAAACAUCCUUUCCACCUUUUUUCUCUGAGCUGUUUGGAGAGACACUGUGAGCCAACAAGACUGUUUCAAAGUUCCACCUAUUAGACUUCUGGAUGAAAGAAUAUGUUGUUUUACUCUUUUGAAGUCGUCUACUUUUUAUGUUUUGUUUCUCUAAAGCUCCCUUACCCAGCAUCUUAAAGUGAUUGUACUGGAGAGGGGGAAAAAAACAGCACGACAUCAAUGGGAAUUUAAAGCUGUUUUCAUGGCUGACUGGUGCUCACGAGAAAUGAAGCGAAGGUUGGGAGGAGAACGUGCGCUUACUGGUUCAUAGCUGUAUUCUUUUUUUUAUAAUUUGUUGCCAUUUUUUACUGGGCUGGGUUCCCAGUAAUCCCACAUAUCUAUUUGAUAUGUUCUACUUUUAACUCAUGGCCUGACAAAAAUAUCAGUGCCAUGACAUGUCCUGACAAACUCCCCUCUUGAAUUUAAAAGCACCUAGCUUGUUAAAUGUGUGUGUGUGUGUGCGUGUGCGUGUGCGUGUGUGUGUGUGUGUGUGUGUGUGUCCCAUUUUGCGUUUUGAAUCAGGCGGUGUCCCAGACUCUGGCAGUCUGCGACAGCACAGCUUUUGCCUUAAGGCAGGCGUAUAUGUGCACACAACACUCAUACAUAAAAAUAUAUCUGAUAUACAAUCAAUUGUUUGCUCAAUCUUAAAUGCUUGUUUUGUUAAGCCCACUACAAUAGUUUUUUGUCUAAAUAUUGGGACAUCUAUCAAAGCAGACAGUACUUCAAACACAAGGAAAGUGUCCGGUGAAAUUGUUCGAAUGUGCCAUGGAGGUGACCGGGCUGACCACACAUGCUCUAUGCAUUUUUCCUUUUUGCGCGCUUUGUGUCUAGUGUACCAUGCUUUUUACACAUGUCUGCCUAGAUCAUACUUUAAAUGUUUUUGCCUGGAACUGUUGGUUGACGGUCGGGCAUUAAGACUUGUAUAGAGGGGCAGCAGCUUGCCUUACUAAUAGCCCGUGGGUCCAGGGUACUGUGAAGCCAGCCUUACAGCCUCUGGGGCCUGAGAGAUGUACCUGAACACUUGAUCUGGGCCCGUUGGUUUUCCCCUCACCCUUCCAAACAGGGCUGUAAACAGCCGGGUGUGUUAAAACAUAUAUUUCCUGGUAUUUUGUCUAUUUUUAUGUUUUUUAUUAAGUUUGCCACAAACAUGAAUAGGUUGCUGGUGUACUAAUACAUUGAUCUUUUUUUCUCCCAAAGUAUUCAAAAAUGCAUCCAAUACUGACUCCUGGUCGGAGUCGCAUGUAGAUUUGCAACCGUUGGCCCCUUCAUGUGCACUAUUAAAGCCAGAUGUGUGGUGAAAAAGAUUCCACAAUGAAAUGUUGACAUUCCAUAAAACUGUAGUCAUAUUUCCAUGUCAGGUUCAAGUGAAACCUGGUCUAUUUAGACAUUUUACAUUUAGCGCUUUUGACACAUCACUGCUAUUUUAUGAUUGCAUUUAGGGACGACGUCGUCAUGAGAGUCCUCUGCAUCGAUGCAUAGAUGGAGCUUUGAACUGCUGGACAGAUAUUGUGUUCAAUUGAACGCAACCUCAUCUAUCAUGAUUCAUGUCAUGGAAUUGCCCUUUAAAGAAAUAUUGAUGUCAGCUGCACUGAAAUGAGUGACACAUCUGUCAAACUAAAUCAUGGGAUAUUUUCCCAGUACUUAUCACUAGAGGCAGGGGAUUCCUGAAUAUUGAAAAUGUGUUUUGCAAACUCUGCUUUCUGUAGAGCCGUGUGCUUUUCUCUCUUAAUAUCUGCAUUUGAUAGUUUUCUGCCGAAUCCAAGACCGGUUUUGUUCCAUCUGUGUUUUACUCUGUUUUGUGUGUUAGGAAACUAUAAGUGAACAUAUCAGCUUGUCAGAUGAGUGGGGUGGGCCUGGGGAUCAUUAAAUAGGGUCAUGAUUACAAAGCACUUACUGUACUAUACUGGAGUUCGCCUCUUUCAUUUGUAUAAAGGGGCGUCUCCUCAGCUGAAGCUCUUUAGGUUAUGAGUAAAAGCCGCACAGCUGUGUAUCCCCCUUCUCCUCCAUGUCCAGACCUCCUACAUCUUGUCCUGUUUGCCCCUCAUCUAUUUUUUUUCUUUUUGCAAAAUCUUUUAUGCUAUCAUUGUUUAUCAAUUGUCAAUUAUCUCUUGUGCCCCUUCACAUUUCGCAGCUCCCUCCUCUCCCUAUCCUUUUGUCUUAUCUGUAACUUUUUUAUUUUUGUUAGACUUGUCAGUACAUCUGGUUGUCAAGAAGCUAUUUUGUGUCUGUUUUGUUUUUAAGAGAAAUGUUUUGGGGAUAAAGAGGCUUGUGCCUUUGUAAA